AAUGUCGAGCCUUUCGUACUCCCCAGAUGGACAAUAUAUUGUAACCGGAGGCAUCGAUGGAAAGAUAAAGGUCUGGAAUACGUCUACGGGCCUGAGCUUUGUCACUUUCAAGGACCACGAGUCAUCUGUGACCGAUGUCGUAUUCUCUCCCAAGGGCCAAGUCGUCCUCAGCAGCAGUCUAGACGGCACCAUUCGCGCGUUUGACAUGAUCAGAUACAAGAACUUCCGCACCAUGACGUCCCCUACUCCAACUCAGUUUUCUUGCGUAGCCGUCGACAUUUCCGGAGAAAUCGUCGCCGCCGGCACCCAAACGGACUUCUCCGUCUAUAUUUGGUCCCUCCAAACCGGAAACCUCCUAGACAUACUAAAAGGACACGAAGGACCUCUCGUGGACCUGUCUUUCUCUCCCACCGGAUCGGACCAACUCAUAACCGCCUCCUGGGACAAAACGGCCAAAAUCUGGCACGUUUACUCGAGUAAACACCCCGUCGAGUCUCUCAACCACUCGUCCGAUCUAACCGCGCUGGCGUAUCGACCGGACGGUAACGAAGUCUGCGUGGCCACCCUGGACGGCUGUCUGACGUGCUGGGACCCGCUCGAUGGAACCCUCAAAACAACCAUCGACGGACGUCACGACAUCAGCGCCGGGCGCAGCCACCAGGACUUCCAAUCCUAUCAAAACAUAUCCAGAUCCAAGUACUACACCUGCAUUGCCUACACCGCGGACGGCACCUGCCUCCUGGCCGGGGGAAACAGCCGAUUCAUCUGUCUCUACCAAAUCUCGAAAAAAAUUUUAUUGAAGAAAUUUCAAAUUUCCCAUAAUCGCUCCAUCGACGGACUCUACGACUACCUAGAUUCCAGAGACGUCCACAUGGACGACCCGCCGCUUAGCGACGACGACGAAUCCUAUCCUCUACCAAAAGAAACCCUGCCCGGCGUCCAAACCGGCGACUACUCUUCCAGACAAAGAAACCCGCUCAUCUCCACCUCGGCUCUCUCAUUCUCUCCCAGCAACAGACAAUGGGCAUGUGCUACCACUUCCGGACUAUUGGUCUACACCCUCGACGACUUCCUCAACUUCGACCCCUACAUGCUCGACACUCACGUCACUCCCGACUCCAUCCUUCGUACCCUCCGAGCUCACAACUACCUAAAGGCCAUCAUCAUGGCCCUCCGCCUCAACGAACGCUCCGUCACUCACCGCGUCCUCCUGAACACGCCCUUCCAACACGUCCGCUCCGUCGUCCACGAACUCCAUCCCAACUACCUCCAAAGACUCCUCGAUUUCCUCGCCCUCCACAUGGAGGACUCUCCUCACGUGGAACUCCAUAUGCACUGGAUCUCCUGCGCGCUGUCUCUCCACGGACCGUACAUCCAACAAAACCUUCCCAAAAUGGUCACCACGCUAAGACACCUGCAAAAAAAUGUGCUAAAACAGCAACUCUCUAUCCAGGACAUCUGCGACGAAAACCAACACCUCCUCUCUUACAUCCACUCCAUUCAAUCCUGUAAGCAUAUUCAAAAACCGACCGAGACCGAGGACGACGUCCUUCCUGAAUCUGCCGCCCAACUCCAUCUACUCAAUAAAGAAAAGGAGAAGCUCAACGAGCUCGUCCUUGACGCCUCUCACGAACAACGCUCCUCCCUCGCCCCGCGCCGACGCAAAGCUAAAGGAUGAGCGCAUAACGGUAUCCGAAAAAUAUAACUUUGUACCUGUUUUUUUUUAAAUUUAUCGGCUUCCACAAUUUCACUUACUCUGAAAGUUACCAAUACCCCCGAGCAAACAUUCCUUGAUCAUCAGGGAGGACGUGAACUCUUCGUAGUUGACUUCGUUUUUGUCCUGGAACCCAAAAUUCAGCAAGCACUGCGUUAUGCUCUGUGAAAACGACUCCGGCAUGUUUGGGUAUGUGCCAACCAUGUGAGACAGCAGCACCAAAAGCUUCUCAACCUGGAUUCUGGGGCUCGCGUAAACCUCGAACAAUCUUUUGAUAGCUUCAGAGGACUCUAGAAAGGAAGUCGCCUCAACCAUACAUGCGAACACCAUAAGCCUAUUGGCAAAAUCCGGGCCCCCUAGCGAUUUCAGACCCUUCAUGAAUGAGACGAGUCUAGAUUGAAGCUCGCUGGAGGCAUCCAGGAAAGCGAACAAGUCCUCAUUCAC